GCAUGUGUAUGUCCAUUCAUCUCUUGAGCCUCUCCUCGCGCGAAUCUCCCUAGAAUUCCACAAUCCUGAAAGUGGUUGAGAUUAGGUACUCGCUCCUCCUCAAAACAGACCCCCCUAUGCACCCACUGCGCACAAUAGCGAAAACAACACAACGUACCAUGACCCUCUCUUUCCUACGCGAGAUGAUGCAGCGGCGCCCGCUGCUACUGUACGCCGCGUCGUGGACGGCCCUCCUAACGGCGACGGUGGCCGUGGCGUCCUUCUGUCCGGAGAUGGCCUUCGUGUACGCGAUAUCCCCGUCCUCGGGUUUCUCAUGGGCGUGCCGUCAAGACAGCUCCGUUAGGAUCCCGUUAGAUGGGCCAGGAGAUGUGCUGUGCCUGCCAUCUCAGUUCAUCCGACGGUCGAGGAUGGAUCUCUUCGUCCCGCCAGCCUUCGCGGCGGCCGUCGUGGCUGCGUCCGCUUGCUUGGUUCGAGCCAUUGGGCUGUGGGAAGACGAUAGAGAUGAGGAGACGUUCUAAUCUGCGCACGUGGGUGUAACUGGCGUAAGCUGCGCACCGGGGCGAUUUUUUCCUUGAGAAAGGAGCAAAAUAGAGUGAAAAUGAUGGGCGGCUUGGAUUUCAUUAAAACAUCACGGUGGGCCCCACACGCCGAUUUGUAAGUUAAGCUUAAAGUGGAAACCUUUGCAUUGGACGGGGCUUCUUUUUUUUUCUUCUCCUUCUGCUUUUGAGUUUUGUUUUAUUUUCCUUUUCAGCUGUGUAUGAUAUAUGAUAUGAACGCAGAUAUCAAAUAGGGGUAUUCCAGUUCAUUUUGAUAGCUACCGUCUUCCAAUAUAGAAGAUUGUGUGGUCCAUCAU